CUUCAAGUGUUACCUCCUAGAUGGCGUUGAAAACCAGAAUUCCAUAUCGACAUCAGAGAGAUUGCCAUCCAGCUUGUCACAGUCUAAUUGCGUACCUAUUACAAUGAAUCCAAAAGGCAAAUUCGUUGUCGGUGUCGACUACGGCACCACCUUCACAGGCGUCAGCUAUGCGUUUCUAGGGGAAGCUUCUCUGCCGAUUAUCAGGCUUGUCCGCUCCUGGCCCGCUCCAUAUGGACAUACCACGGGCACCGAAGUCCCAUCCAGGAUAGCGUAUCCUCAAGGCAAUUGCGCGAUUCAGAAACACAGCGCGGAUAUAACCAAGUUCAGUGACAGAGCUUUGGGGGCGGCAACCGCAAUGGGAAUCAUGAAGUUACCUCACGGAAAGAUUGCCAUCCAGGUUGUCACAGAGUUUCUGCGGGAGCUCUAUGUGCACAUCUGCCGAGAGCUGGAGAAGGAUCUUGUCAAUCGUCGUCCUCCUCUUCGUCUUCGCGAUGUGCAUAUGGAAUUCUGGUUUACAACGCCAGCAGUCUGGUCGGAUCAGAUUCGGUUCGAAUACAAGGAGGCUGCUAUUCGUGCAGGCUUUGGACCAAGUGAUGACAGGCCGGACGAUACCAUCUACACGCUUUGCGAGCCCGAAGCCGCCGCACUUGCCGCUUUCGAGACAAUGCCACUAUGUGGACCCGGAAUGCAGAUCAAGCCAGGUGAUGGGGUAUUGAUAUGCGACUGUGGAGACGGCACCGUGGACGUGACAAGCUAUCUGAUCUCGGAGGUCUCUCCCCAGUUGUCGUUCGAUGAACUAACUUCGGCCGUUGGUGGUAUGUGCGGCGCCACAGCCAUCGACCGCAAUUUCUAUCUUCUUAUGUCCGAGAGGUUUGGGGCGGCGUUCAAGGACUUGCCGUUUACACAAAAGGCCCCAGGUAGUAGGUUCAUGGAUUUCUUUCAGGCCAUUAAGGAGGAAUUUUGCUGUUCAGCUGUGGACAGGGUCUAUCGACUUCCCCUGUCCAUGGCCCUCAACAACCCCAACCCCACGUUCUUUGACGCAGAAAAUCGACUCGUUUUGCUUUCCAGCAAUGACCUCCGUGGAAUAUUCGAUCCGGUGCUCCGCCAGAUUGAAAGCGCCAAUCAGGAGAUUGGCCGCUUUAUCAUCAAUAAAAUUGUGUUAGUCGGCGGCUUUAGCCAGUCACCAUACCUACGGGAACGGAUCUCGGGAACCUUUGCCGUCGAAGGCAAACUGGCCAUACUCGCUCCAGCAGACCCGCAAGCAAUGGUCAUGCGCGGCGCAGCGAUUCGGGGACUCGGAGGGCCUCAGCCCACCACGAGAAAAUGCCGAAGCCAUUACGGCUUCGAGCGUUCUGUUUCGGUCAAGGGUACCGGGACGGUCACGGGAUUUGCCUCCUGGGUCCUUGCCAAGGGGGAGAGGUAUGCCCGGAAUCACACGGCAACGCAAGACUUGAUUGUCACCCAUCGCGCAGGGGAUUCACUGAUGAAGAUCAGUAACCUGUACGGGUGUAAUGAUGCGAACGCCCCACAACGAGUUGAUCACCCAGGUGUUUAUGUCAUCGCACAGCUCAUGUGUGACUUUGCAAGUGUCGACCUUGCUCAGUUCCCGCAGUCUCGAACGGGCACGCAAGUGGAGUAUCUGUUGGAAUAUUCCAUUGAGGUCACCUUUGGCGCCCGGGGGGACCUCAAGUGCAAGGCUGUCUGUCAGGGCCGAACAGUCGGAGAAACUACCGUCCACUUUGCCCGAGAGCAAUGGUAG